AUUUGUUUUGGUGACUGACAGGUUAACUGGGUGAAUAAUACUUUAAAAAGAUGGGAAGAGGGGGGAACUGCAGCUGGAUUGGGCCAGAGAUCCCACUGUCAUCUGAAAUGUUCAGUGUGAUAAAGGAUGAGCUCUGGCUGUUCCUCAUCCCUGCCGGCUUGGCUGCGAUUUUACUGGCGUUGUUUCUGGAGGAGGUGGGCUUCUUCCUACGCCGCGUUCCUUCCUCCAGACGGAAACACCUCUACCUGUGGAUAUUAGGGAUGUACCCGGUGUUUGCCUUGACCUCCCUCAUAGCGCUGUAUAUUCCACGCUCUUCUUCGCUUUGUAAUUUCAUGGCUUCUCUUUAUCACUCCAUCACCCUGCUCAAGUUCAUGGGCCUGAUCACCGACUUCUUUGGAGGGAAGGCUCGCAUGCUGGGCGUCUUGUCAGGGGAGCAGGUGUCUCCAGAUCCCUUCCCAUGCUGCUGCUGCUGCUGCCUCCCCAUGGUAGCCAUCAACAGGAGCAGCCUUGGCUGGAUGAUGGCUGCGGUACUCCAGCUCUCUGUAGUGCGAAGCAUCUUGUUUUUUGUCACUCUGGUGCUUUGGACAGAUGAACAGUAUGACUACGGUGAUGUAGAUUCUGUCAACCCCAACUUGUAUGUGAACGGUAUCAUAGGCGUGUCAACCUUCCUGUCCUUCUACGGCCACCUGCUGUUUUACAAAGCCACCAAGAUGGCCUUGCCCGGCUAUGGACUGAGGGCCAAGUUUAUCUGCAUCAUCGUGGUACUGGUGCUGUGUGGCCUGCAGAGCGGCAUCUUGGAGACGAUGGGGGCUCUGGAGGUCAUCCCCUGCACGCCGCCGUUCUCCGUCAUCACCAGAUCCCAGUUGAUCUACCACUACUGUGUGAUCGUCGAGAUGUUCUGCAUCGGCCUCUACGCCCGCCACACUUUCCGCAAAGUGGAGCCGAGCGUGGAGGAGGAUAUGCUGGGGAGCGGCCCGCUGCUGGAGAAAGCGGUUCAAACAGAGGAUGAUAAGACUUCACAUCACAAGCCCAGCCUGCCGUCAGAGGAGCCCUGGCCUGACCGCUGCUUCUUCAGCGCCUCCAAUCCGAGCUACAACAGCGAUAGUGAGGACAGCCUGUGCAGGAUAGAGCAUGCGCCUCUGGACGGCUUCUCUUUCCCCCAGGCCAGAGGUCGGGACCUGGGACGGACAAGGACAGCGGUGGACCCCAGUCCCGCGGAGGAACUCGGUGUACAUAUGUCCACGGUCACGGUCACGGCUGAUAUUAACUAUGAGGCAUCCAAGGACGUCACUGUUGUUUGACACUGAUGUUCAAAUGUCUUUUGUCAGAAUGGAUGUACACCAAGGAGUUCUCCCUCACCUGUUACAACUGCAAACAUAAUAACCACUACCACUGAUUUUAUGAUAACUUGCAGUAAACAAGCCUGAAAACAUGAUCAUUCCCUAUCAGUGUCAUAAAAAGUUAGUUACCAUUAAGGCUAAUUUUAUUUCUGUUAAUGUAAUAUUACAUUAUUGGGUUGUAGUAUACUAGUGAAUAGAUCAUGUAAUUAUCAA